AGUGCAGUUAAUAUUAAUACGUUGCUUGAACCGAAAAGGAAACUGCUUAAGAUAAUUUUAGGAUUGGACACGACUCACGAGUAUCAGCUGAUGUUGUCUAGUGCUUUUGAAAUGCCAAUGAAAGAAUCAUUAGGAGGAGGCACGCGUCCUAAUGAGCUCCUUUUCAAACCUGUUGAAUAGAAACAAGCACCCUGCAGUGAGACCCGAAGCUAUUUAAUCCCCAGGACGCACUUUAGAGGACGUAAAUAUAAGGCUGACCAGUUUUACAGACAGUCACAACCGAGUUAACUAACCCUAGACACACUUUAGUGACAAUGGAGGAUCUGUUUUUUGAUUUCGACCAUGAUGCUUCCACAGAUUUUGCCUUCUGGGGCCAAAUGGACCCCAAUUUUCAGUUUCAGGGUCAGCUGGACACGUUGCUGCUUGACUGCAGCGCGAUGACUGGACAGUUGUCCCCCUGGUCCUCUCUUGGGUGUCAGGCUGUGUUCCCCGAGGCACAGCUGACCUUCACAGACCUGGACUCGCAAUCUUCACAGUUGGAGGCCGGUGCUGAAGUGGACAGCUCCUCUGUGGACGAACCCCACGAGAUCCACAAGCACAGACCGCAUCAGCUUCGUUUGACGCCUCAUCACCCGUACAAGGUGCAGCGCCACGCCGCCAACAUCCGGGAGAGGAAAAGGAUGCUGAGCAUCAAUUCGGCAUUUGAGGAGCUGCGCUGCCACGUGCCCACGUUUCCCUACGAAAAGCGUCUCUCUAAAAUAGAUACGUUAAGACUGGCCAUUGCAUACAUCGCCCUGCUCAGAGAAAUCCUCAUGUCGGGCUGUGACCCGAAGUCAUACGUCGAUGAAUGCAUGAAAAAUGGAUAUAAGAAUCAGACCAAUGCCAUCUGGAAUACAAGUGAUCUGACAGCUCGGCUCUCUUGGAUAAAGUGGGAUUAACAGCGCUCUGAAGCUGGAGAGAUGCUGUGCUCUCGUCUUUCUCACGCUCCUCUUCAAUGGUACCAUGGUUCACAGCUCUUCAGCAUCUGCAGACUUCUCACCGUGUCUUGCUCUUCUGGCACUCACGACACUUUUUAUAUUCAAAUUUGUUGUGGCUUGUAGAAUCAGGCUGCCUUUUGCUCAUCCAGACGCGUGUUGUUUGUUGUCAAUGAAGCUCGAGUCUCAUCAGGACAAAGACAUGCACUUGUCCCUGUGCGAGACAUGAUGUUUUUCAUGCGCUUUACUUUUGAGAGCAAACCGAUAGGGUAAAGACUGGCAAGGUGCCUGGCGAGCACGUUCACUUUGUUACCUUUACUGUAUGUAGACAAGACCGCCUUUAACCCAUGCAGUUUACUAGAACACUAUUUAUAUGUUAAUGUAAUUUGUAUUUAUUUAUUUAUUUAAGGUGUCUGUUUGAUCAAGUUUAUAUUAUUAUUCAAAAAAUUUACAUAUUAAGAAAUCGCAA